UCUUGUCCCACAUAAAGAUUUCUCAGGAGGUGAUCAGGCACUCCCAUUUCUUUAAGGACUUGCCAUAGUUUGCUGUGGUCGACACAGUCAAAUGCUUUUGCGUAGUCAAUGAAGCAGAAGUAGAUGUUUUUUUGGAACUCUCUAGCCUUCUCCAUAAUCCAGUGCAUGUUUGCAAUUUGGUCUCUGGUUCCUCUGCCCCUUCAAAAUCCAGCUUGCACUUCUGGAAGUUCUCGGUCCAUAUACUGCUUCAGCGUGCCUUGUAGAAUUUUAAGCAUAACCUUGCUAGCGUGUGAAAUGAGCGCAAUUGUGCGGUAGUUGGAGCAUUCUUUGGCACUGCCCUUCUUUGGGAUUGGGAUGUGGACUGAUCUUCUCCAAUCCUCUGGCCACUGCCGAGUUUCCCAAACUUGCUGGCAUAUUGAGUGUAGCACCUUAACAGCACCAUCUUUUAAAAUUUUAAAUAGUUCAGCUGGAAUACCAUCACUUCCACUGGCCUUGUUAUUAGCAGUGCUUUCUUAGGCCCAUUUGACUUCACUCUCCAGGAUGAUGUAUGAUUUUAAUUGCAGGGUUGUUCCAAAGAACUACCAGCAUGUUCUGGCCUUGGCGUUUGCUGUCAGUGAGGUCAAUGAGAACCCUCAGAUAUUGCCCAAUGUCACAUUGGGAUUCCACAUCCAUGACAGCUACUUCAGUGAAAGGAUGACCUACUGGGCCACUCUGGACAUACUCUCCACACCCUAUAGAUUUGUACCCAACUACCAGUGUGAUGUACAGAAAAAUCCGAUUGCAAUCAUUGGGGGACUUGACUUUGAAACUUCCCUCCACAUGGCAGCCAUCUUAAUAGGCUACAAGAUUCCCCAGCUCACUUAUGGCUCCUUUGCUCCAGAGGAUGCCAGUCAAAGCCAAUCCACUCCCUUCUACCGGAUGGUGCCCAAUGAAGCCCAUCAGUACACUGGGAUUGUUGAGUUACUUCUGCAGUUUGGGUGGACAUGGGUUGGGUUGCUCGCGGUGGAUAGUGAGAGUGGAGAGAAGUUUAUGGAAAUCCUGCAAACUCUGCUUUUCCAGAAAGGCAUUUGCUUGGCCUUUUCAGAGAGAACUCCAAAAGGCACAUAUUUAGAAGAGUAUUACAACUUGCUUUCCCCGUGGCUCCAAUCCUAUCACAUUAUUGCGGAAAGCAAAGCCAAUGCUGUCGUUGUCUAUGGAGAAGACAAGUCCAUGUUUUAUUUGCAAUUAUUGCUAGCGGCAGGGGAAGCGGAAAAUGUGACAUCUUUGGCCAAGGUAUGGAUUAUGACUGCUCAACUGGAUUUCUCAGCAGUGGCCUUUCGAACGAGCCAGGAUAUGCGACCGUUUCAUGGCUCCAUAUGCUUCACCGUGCACUCAAAUGAGGUGCAAGGAUUCAAGAGCCUUCUUCGCUCCCUAAAUCCUUUCACGGCAGGUGAAGAUGGUUUUCUUCAGCAGUUCUGGCAACAGACAUUCCAUUGUUCCUUUCCAAAUUCUGUUGCUGAGUUCAGUGAACCCUGCACAGGACAGGAGAAGCUGGACAGCCUCCCCUCGUCUGGCUUUGAGAUGAGCAUGACUGGCCACAGCUACAGCAUCUACAAUGCUGUCUAUGUUGUGGCACAUGGUCUUCAUGCCAUGUUCCAGUCCUGGUUGAAAGACAGAGGAGUUGUGAGAAGAUGGAGACCGCAGCUUCAGAAUUUGCAGCCUUGGCAGCUCCACCCUUUUCUUAGGAGUGUCUCAUUUAACAACAGUGUGGGAGAAGAAGUGUCUUUUAGUGAGAACAGGCAAUUAGAAGGCGGAUUCGAUAUUACCAACUUGGUCACUUUCCCAAAUAACUCCUUCCUCAGAGUCAAGGUCGGAAGGGUGAAUCUCCAGGCUGCUCCAGCCAUGGGAUUUCCCAUCAAUGAAGGCAAAAUGGUGUGGCACAGAAGUUUUCAACAGGUGCCACCCCUCUCUCAAUGCAACAAAAAUUGCCCUUCUGGUACUAGGAGAAAAAAGAAGGAAGGGGAGAAAUUCUGCUGCUAUGACUGUGAUCCAUGUUCAGAAGGCAAGAUUUCAUACCAGAAAGACAUGAAUGACUGUGUUGGAUGCUCAGAAGAUCACUAUCCAAACAAGAACCGAACACAAUGCAUUCCAAAGUUAAUCAGCUUCUUGAUGUUGGAAGAACCACUUGGGAUGAGCUUAGCUUUUGGGUCCGUUUUCUUCUCUUUGCUCACAAUAUUGUCCCUCACCAUCUUUAGGAAGCAUCAGGACACACCGAUUGUCAGGGCCAAUAACCGGGACCUCACCUACGUUCUCCUCAUCUCUCUCCUUCUCUGUUUUCUCUGUCCCCUCAUCUUCCUCAGCCGACCAGACAGAGUGAGCUGCGUUCUCAGACAAAUGGCUUUUGGUGUGGUUUUCACAGUGACUGUUUCUUGUGUGUUGGCCAAAACCAUUACCGUUGUUCUGGCAUUCAUGGCCACCAAACCAGGAUCCAGAAUGAGGAAAUGGGUGGGGAAAAGAUUGGCAAGCUCCAUUGUGUUGACUUGUACUAUUAUCCAAGCUGGUAUUUGCACUGUGUGGCUGGGAACCUCUCCCCCAUUUCCCCAUUUUGACAAGCGCUCUGUGAUGGGAGAAAUCAUUCUGGAAUGUAAUGAAGGGUCAGCUGCCAUGUUUUACUGUGUCCUGGGCUACAUGGGCCUCCUGGCCAUUGUCAGUUUCAUUGUAGCAUUUUUAGCCAGGAAACUUCCCGACAGCUUCAAUGAGGCCAAAUUCAUCACCUUCAGCAUGUUGUUGUUUUGUAGUGUUUGGAUCUCCUUUGUUCCGGUCUACCUGAGCACCAAGGGAAAACAUAUGGUGGCUGUGGAGAUCUUCUCCAUCUUGGCCUCCAGUGCUGGCUUACUGGGCUCCAUCUUUGCUCCCAAAUGCUACAUCAUUGUGUUGAGGCCUGAUCUGAACAGCAAGAAGCAGUUAAUAAAGAAGAAAUAAAAAUAUAUCUUGUUGUCACUAUUUUUUGUUAUGGGUAAUGAUUUUGCUGCUGACUCCGUGACAUAAUUUUAUUGUAUUUGCUUGUUGAACUUUCUGUUUGCAUUAAAAU